UUUGAGCGGAUUUCAUUAAAGUUGAUUUUUGAGCGGAUUUCAUGAAAAAAUUGAAGAAAAAAUGAGCCUUGUGCAGGAAGACUUCUUCGGAGUUUACUGCCUUGUGAGUAAAAGCGAGAAUCCGAGAUACAAAAACAGAUGCUACAUCGGAUUCACAGUCAACCCAAACAGAAGAGAAACCCAACACAAUCGCGGAAAAGACUUUGGAGGAGCCAAAAAGACUUCAAAUAGGGGACCUUGGGUCAUGGUGAUGAUAAUUCAUGGAUUUCCAAACAAAAUUGCGGCAUUACGAUUUGAAUGGGCAUGGCAGAAACCUGGUCAAUCCCGAAUCUUACGUCACAUCCCCGGAAUCGACAAAAAACGUCCCAAAGAGUCACAUUUCGAGCAUCACUUGCGAAUUUUAUCGGAAAUGCUUCGAGUUUGCCCCUUUACUCGUCUUCCUCUCACCAUCCAAUGGCUCAGUGACGAUCAUCACACCGAAUUUCCUGCUGAACGCGUGCCUCCGCUGCACAUGGCGAUCCGUUUUGGUCGCAUCACGUGCAAAAGAAAGGCACAAAACGUCGAUCAAGACAUCCUUUCGUCACAAGGAACUGUUCAAUUUUGCGAUAUUUGCGACAAUGUCAUCGAAAAACCGCUGGAAGAGAUGAUCACGUGCCUCAAUUCGAGCUGCAAACUCGUUUCUCACGUAAUUUGUCUCGCCGAAGUGUUUUUAAAGGCAGGAAACGAGAACAAAGGACAAGUUAUUCCGGUGCAAGGCUCGUGUCCCGUAUGCGAAAAGGACUUUUUGUGGGGUGACUUGAUCCGGAAGAAGAAAGGUUGCUGCGACAUCGAACCAGAUCUCAAUAAUACCGACGUUUUUGAAGUCCGGGAGUUGUCCGACGACGAAAAUGACGACGAAUGUGAUGACAAUCCGGAAAUGGAUUAAAAGAAAAAAAUUAAAAUCUUGUCAAGAAGACAGAAAAAAGUGAAAUCUCGCAUGUUUUUGUUAUUUAAAUAAUUGUCUAUUUUAUAAAAAAAAAAAUUUUUUUUUCGGUAAUUUUAUAUGAAAAAAAAAUUUAUUUGUAAUUUUAUGUGCGAACGUUGUAAGUAACAACAAUAAAAU